GAAAAGCUGACGUCACACUCCGAGGGCGGGGUCGUGUCAGUAGACUGGCACAUCAUCAUCAUGCAGGAUAUAUUGGUGCGGCUGCAAUGAUGUACGAGUACGAAUAAGAAGAGGCGCUGCAGGUACGGUGAGAGAUUAUUUGGCUUCACACGUACCCCUAUAAAACCCGUUUCUCCCAUAAUGUCGGGCGGGGAUCUUCGCGUUCUUCGCCAAGAGCCAGGGCAGGAGAGCCCGAGGAUGCCGGCCUGGAAACGCGAGAUCCUUGAGCGGAGAAAGGCGAAGGGCGGUGGGUCCGGAGCAGGUGCCGAGUCCGUCGCAUCUCGACUUAACGGCGAGGUAACGGCCAGCAAAAGCAAGGAUGAUAUUAGUAGCGCACAUUCUAGCAGGAACUGUACCAUUACCGCUGCCAACCGCGCGACCAAAAGCCCGGAUCUGUCACCGGUGAAAACAAAAGAGCACUGGACAUCCACGGACCCGAGCCGCACGGAGGAGAGAACGGCGAAAGACAACGGAGCGCAUGAGAGCCUGGUAUUGCAAGAGAGCUUGGGUCCGCUGCAGGAAAACCCAUUCAUUAAACUGGAAAAAGAACGCAAGAAGCGUCAGAGCCAAGAGAACGCCGCGCGACCGGUUCAGCACAUCCUCGAGUUAUACGGCGGCGUUCCCGGGAUACGGACUAUACGCGCUGAGAAUAUCAUCAUUAUUGAAUCCGACCCGGAGUACUUCUCGGAAGGAUGUGGUUUGAAGCAUGCAUCGAAACUGCAGCAGAACGGCACGGUGAGCGGAUACAGCUCUCUCAAUGACCUGUUAGACCGGAGAGGUAGUCCGGUUACGGAGAUACGCGCGAAGGAAGUGGUCAUUUACGAUACUGCGCUUAGUAAAAGCGAGGAGAACCUCAGCACGCUGGGACGACCCGCGUCUGCCCCGCUGGAGGGGCAAGGAAGGGUGAGUCGCAUGUUACAGAAAUUUGACAGGAAUUAUGGCAAGUUGCAGGCCAAGUCACGCAGCACAGAAAACCUCCUGGACUUGGACUGUAGUCCUGUCAGGCCAAGCUCCAGACCCAAGCCAGAUGUGGUGCCAAAAUGCCCAGUGUCUCCGCAAGCUGGCUCUCCACACAGCAAGGUCUUCCAAAAUGUCCAGUCUUCCAUGAGCAACCAUCACGCCUCUCCUAGUGACUCAGGGAGUAGUACACCCGUUUCUGGAUCCCCUCAGUUAGUGUCUUCCACACGUAGACGUUUCGAGGGCAGCGGGGGACGAAGUGUCACUGUGUAUCCCAAGGAGGACACUGAGAGGUCUCCGUCCAAGCCUGUUAGAGAACGGGACUGGGAUAGCACAGAUGGGGCCUCUAAAGCCAAGGUGCCAUGCUCUCCGGAGAGCCACCGUGCCCGUGCCGACUGUACUCCUAGCCCCACAUCACCCCCCUUAUCACCCAGCUUUGAGAUCCGCCCGUCCCCUCGCCCGGAUCUUUCUCUCCUUCCGCCUGGGGAUCUACAGGCCCGUGCACUCGCCAACUUGCGACUCCAGUCUCGCAAUUCCUUCACUGUCAUUCCCAAGAGUCGAGCGGCCAUUUCGUCACCUGGCAGCACCGCCCCAUCCAGCCCUGUCCUUUCCCCCCCAUCCCCACGACCCCUGGUGGGUGUGGCAGCUUCAGAGUCCGCAGUGCCAACCCCCUCACCCGCUUCCUUCAUACCUUCCACACCAAAGCUUACAGAAAAGGUGACCAUAGAAGCCAAAACAGGGUCUCCGCAACAUACCCCACCUGCCACACCCACCUCUCCAGCCCCAGCUUCUCCGCCCUCAAUUGGCUCACCCGUCAAAUCAGUCUCAUCUCCAAAGGAACCUCCGCUUGAUAAGCUGCCUAUCACAAACAUUGAUGACCUAGUCGUGGAGCCCACGUCACCCGUCCUGAGCCCUGCGGUGCAGAGGCGCAAAGGAAAUACGUUUACAGUUGUUCCGAAACGGAGGCCUGAGGCCCAGUCUGGCCCUGCUGAGACCCCAGAAGUCGUCAGUGAAUCUCAGAGCACACCACAGGCCCCUUAUGCCCAUCUGGGAACCCUGAUUAAAAAGCGUUACCCUGCUGCAGAGGAGAUAAAGGUCAUUGGGGGCUACCUCUCCCUUGGGCGAUCCUGUCUCUCGAAGACUGGCUCAACAGGAAAAAAGCUGAAAAUAUCCUUCAACGAGUCCAGCCUGCAGAGCACUUUCGAAUACCCGUCUGAGAACAGUGUGUGGGACAGCGGAGAGGACGAGGAGGAAGGAGAAGAAAAAGGAGGAGAAGAUGAUGGCGGGAUCAUUGCAGGGAGGAUAAGCAUUCCUCGUGCCAGCUACACCAGCUCACCCACUCACUCCAACAACACCACGGAUCUUUCCAGUUACACACCUAAACACUCGGUGGAGUUUAACGCAUGGCAAGAACACAAGCUUAAUGAGUCUGCUCACCAGGGGGAAGAUACUUCACAGAGUACAGAAGAGGUCAUGCUGACACCUGCUGAUAGCUCCUCUCUGUCAGACUUCAGCAGUGAACCAGCCCUCUACUUCUAAACCUUCCAGAUGUCUGGAAAAUACGGGACCAACCAUUGCCUGCCAGCACCAGCCUGGAUGCAGAGAAACAACUUCCAGAACAAUGGGACCAGUAGCAACCAGUACGGAAACGUACAUUCCGUAUUCUAUGCCCAUACACCAUCAUCGUCAACAGCAGGACUGUCCUCAUUGCUGAUCCACACAGUCACAUUUAAUCUCCUGUUGCCACCGAUUGUGAUUGUGAUGGACAUGGAAAAUGGCUCAAACAGCCAUUCCACUCUUGAAUUUCACUCUUCCAUCACAUACUUGCUCUACGUAUGUAAUCCUCACCUCAUGAAAGUGACCAAAUUUCUAAAAGAGAGAAAGAUGAGAGACUUUUCUUAAAAUAGAGAAGGAAACUUGGAGUGUGUGUAAUGGGACUCCAGAAAGAGACGAUAUUAAGGUGAAGCAACAAAAAAUGAAAUAAGUGACUUAUGUAUGACUGGUAAAAGGGUGCCACAAUCCGUGUUCUUUGUGAUGUUUUUGUAUGUGCAUGUGUAGGUCUGUAUUGACAUGACUCCCAAACUAUAGAAGUCCUCCACUUUAGUUUCAUAUGUUUCCUUUGUAUGUCUGUGUUUCAGUCAAGGUAGGCAUUUCUAAUGCACAUACUAUACAGCUGAAAUACUAACAUGUUAGUGUUGACUUAGUGAUCGUAGAUCUGUUUUAAAGAGCAGCUUUUAAUUGGUAAACACAUUCAAUUCAAUUUUGCUUUGCUUUUUUAUGGUAAUAGAAUUUAUUAGUCACUCAAAAUUCUAGUCAUAAUUCGGAUUACAAAUGCAAUCAUAAAUGCAAGUCAAUCUUGUGAAGACAUGCCCAGAUUAAAUUUCACCCCUAUAGCAUAAAUACAAUGAAGUCUGUUUUUAGGACUACCAUUGUAAUUUUUAUGACAUUUACACGUUUCCCAAUAUUCUCAAU